AUGCCUGGGGUAGAAAUUGAUCGAUCUACCUUAUGGAAGAAAGCUAGACAAGACAAAGAUGGUAACAUCCCUGAUCCAAAGGUGGCAAAGAAAGCAAAAUUAAUUGAUGAAUUACAAAAACAAGUCACUGAAGGCAGUCUCAGUGUAUUUGGCAAUAAUGAUGUAUUGACCAUGGCUUUGGGUCCCGAGCAUCCAGGGAGAGUAAGAGGAUGA